AUGUCCUCGACGCCGACCAAGAACAUCAUCAUCACGGGCGCGGGCGGCUUCAUCGGGCCGCUGCUCGCCUCGCGGCUGCUCGACGACCCGUCGUACCGGGUGGUGCUGACGGACGUGGCGGAGCCGGCGGUGCCGGCGGGGGUGGCGCACCCGGAGAACGCGGUGGCGCUGCGCGGCGACAUCUGCGACGCGGCGUUCGUCGCGCGGCUGCUGGGCGCGGCGCGGCCGCUCUUCGCGCUGUUCCUCUUCCACGGCGUCAUGUCGGCCGGGUCCGAGGCCGACUGGGACCUGUCGCUGCGCGUCAACGUCGACAGCGUGCGCGGGCUCCUGCUGGCCGUGCGCGCGGCCUACCCCGGCGGCGGCGGCGUGCGCGUCGUCUACGCGAGCGCCCAGGCCGUCUACGGCCGGCCGCUGCCCGCCGGCGGCCGCGUCGCCGACGCCGUCGCCCCGACCCCCGAGGGCACCUACGGCGCGCACAAGCUGCUCACCGAGGUCCUCCUCAACGACAUGCACCGCCGCGGCUUCUUCGACGUCUUCAGCCUGCGCCUCCCCACCGUCGCCGUGCGGCCCGGCCGGCCCACCGCCGCCGCCUCCUCCUUCCUCUCCGGCAUGAUCCGCGAGCCGAUGCGCGGCGCCGAGUGCGCGAUCCCGCUGCGCGACCGCGGCUUCCGCGCCUUCGUGUGCUCGCCCGCCGUCCUGCAGGAGAACCUCGUGCGCGUGCUCGCGCUCGACCCCGGCUGCCUCCCGCCCCACGUCCGCCACGUCAACAUGCCCGGCAUCUCGGUCUCUGUCCAGCAGCUCGUGGACGCGCUCGCCCGCCACGGCGGCGCAGACCGCCUGCGCUACCUCCGCGAGGAGCCAGACCCCGCCCUCGAGCGCAUCCUCCGCAGCUGGGCCCCCGAGGUCGACACCGCCACCGCCCGGCGCCUCGGCCUCCUCCAGGACGAGAGCGCCGACGCCCUCGUCAAGCAAUACGUCGACUCGCUGAAGUCGGCGUGA